AUGGUGUUGUUGUUACUCAACUGUGGUGAGUUAAUUUCUGUUAACUUCCUGAGCGAAAAAGAAGUAGGAGGGGCUACUGAGAUGGUCCAGUUGAUAUGGUUUAAAGAUAGUUUAAGAAUGUUUGUUUAACAAGUCCUUCACCAUAGCAGUUAUUCUGAGUGCAUGUUGUGGGUGACAAACUAUUCCAGUGGUUGGAUGUCCUCCCUCUGGUGUGAAUUACUAGUGAUAUUAUGUUUGAUACUGGAGCUCUGAGGCAUGUGUUGAAAUCGCUAAGCAGUUUUGCUUUGAAACAGUGUGCCAAUGCUUCUAUCACUUUGUCGGAAGCAUGUGAUCAAUGAUGUCCGAUGCUUCAUUUUGUCAAACCACCUGAUUGAUUUGUUAUUGGUUGGGUAGGAGACAAAAAGGCUACCCUGCACACACGCUACAGCGUUUGGGACAUCAUCUAUAAUCAUUUGGCUGCUCUAAAUUAUUUGGACCAGCAGGUGGCACUAGUGUACACUCUUUAUCAAAGUCUCAUAUAUCAAACCUAUUUUUGACACAAUUGGCUGGAAAUGCUCAAUGCUUCAGGAAGUUUCAUUUCUCCAUCACUAUAAAUUACUAAUCACUUUACAAACCAGCAUAUUGUGACUUGCAAGUGCCUCCUGCAGCUCAGUUGGUAGAGCAUGACGCUUGCAACGCCAGGGUUGUGGGUUCGACUCCCACGGAGGGCCAGUAUGAAAAAUGUAUGCACUCACUAACUGUAAGUCGCUCUGGAUAAGAGCAUCUGCUAAAUGACUAAAAUGUAAAUGAUGUGGCCCAAGGGCCAUGAUUUUCAGACACUGAGGCAGUCAUUUGGUGAAGGCUUUAGAACUGAAAGUUAUUGAAUGCAACAAUCAUGUCUCUGUCACUAACGGACACAAUCAUGGGUGGGUAUCUCUCACAUUCAUUCGAAAAGCAUGCUGGGAAAUAUGCAGUGUUUAAACAAUUCUGGUCGAAAGUAGUGUACUAUGUAUGGAAUAGGGUGCUAUUUGGGACUCAGACUGUGUUUAGGGGGAUAAUGAUGAGGCGAAUAAAGGCUUUGGGCCAAAACUAGUUUGGAAACCAGUUGGUUAGGAAAGGGGACAACAGCUGUGGGUAUUUGUUUCUGACAUAUUGUAUAUCUUGGAUGCUGAGAAUGUGAAAACAGAUGUGGUACUGUAACUGGAAUGAUGAAUGAUUUGCUAGCUAUUGCUAAACAGCUGACCAAUCGGUGUCAGACACAAACACAACAAAUAGUUCAACAGACCAUAAACACAUUUCAAAUCCUAAUCGUCAGUUAUUUGAGUACAGAAACCAAGGAAAACCAUCUUGACCGUGACCUGACCUGAGGUCAUUUCUAUCAUUUCUACUUCUUCCUUCUCUAGGUGAGAAGGGGGACAGCGGCCAGCGAGGACCCUACGGUAAAUCCGGCAAGUCCGGCCAGUCCGGCCCCCGUGGGCCCAACGGUAUCAAAGGGACCAAGGGGAGCGUAGGGAUCCAGGGUGAACAAUGCAAGGUCCAGUACGCUGCCUUCUCUGUGGGCCGCAAGAAGGCCAUCCACUCCAACGACUAUUACCAGACUUUAGUGUUCGACACCGAGCUCGUCAACCUCUACGGCCACUUCAACAUGUUCACUGGCAAGUUCUACUGCUACGUGCCGGGGAUCUAUUACUUCAGCCUGAACGUGCACACGUGGAACCAGAAGGAGACGUACGUGCACGUGAUGCAUAACGAGAGGGAGGUGGUGAUCCUGUACGCCCAGGCCAGUGACCGGAGCAUCAUGCAGAGCCAGAGUCUAAUGCUACAGCUGGAGGGAGAGGACCAGGUGUGGGUCCGGCUGUUCAAAGGCGAGAGGGAGAACGCCAUCUUUAGCGACGACUUUGAUACCUACAUCACCUUCAAUGGACACCUCAUCAAGCCCAAAAGCGAGGGGUAAGGGGGAAGGGGACGGUUGGGUGUGUGUCCCAAAUGGCACCCUAUUCCCUAUAUAGUCCACUACAUAGGGAAUAGAAUGCCACUUCGGACGUAUACGAGAAGGAGACCACAUCUGAAGAAGAUUGGUUCACAGUUCGUAGAAGAAUAUCUCCCUGUUUUUCUUAUUGUGUCUUUUUUAUGUGUGUUGUAA